CACACAGCUCUGCAGAUUGCAGCCGCGAUGUGGCCGGCAACCUUCCCUGCCGCUGGCUUAAUGCUGUGGGGGCUCUGGAUAGCUGCCCCCUUUGCUAGCACCUUUCUGGCCCCAGACCUGAGCAUGUCCCAACUGACUCAGAUGUUCCAGGAUUUUAUGAAGCAGUUCAAUAAAACCUACCUGAGCCAAGAAGAGAUGCGAUAUCGGUUCAAGGUCUUCAUGCAGAACUUAGAAGUCAGCCGGCAGCUGCAGGCUGAGGAGUUAGGGACGGCGCAGUACGGGGUCACCCGCUUCAGUGACCUGACAGAAAGCGAGUUUGCAAUGAUGUUCGGCAUCCCCCAACCCUCACAGCUCGGCCUGCCCCCCAGCUUGAGGGAACCCGGUAACUCCCGCCUGGGGAAAGCAAGCAAAUCCUGCGACUGGAGGAAAACUGGCGCGAUCCCAGCCGUAAAAUACCAGGGCGAAGAGUGCAGGUCUUGCUGGGCUUUCGCUGCUGUGUCCAACAUUGAGGCCUUAUGCAACAUCCACAGACAUUUGCCAAGGAACCUUUCGGUCCAGGAGGUAGUAGAUUGCACAUACAACAAGAUCGGUUGCCUGGGAGGCUUUGUGUGGGAUGGACUCCAGACUGUCUUCAACAGCAGCGGACUGUCAAACAGCCGACUGUACCCCUACACCGGCAGAAAUCAGGCAUGCCAAAAGCACCGGAAACGAGAGGUUACUCAGAUCGACGGCUAUGAAUUACUCCCCAGGGAUGAGAAUUAUAUCGCUGGAAUCGUUGCUUCCCAGGGGCCUGUAACUGCCCUCCUUAACCAGGCUCACCUUAAGCAUUACCAGAAGGGCAUCGUCCAAUCCCAGUCCUGCAACCCGAUGCUACUGGAUCAUGCUGCGCUCAUUGUGGGCUACGAUGAAGUCAAAUCUCGACGUGGAUCCUGGACCGGACCAUAUUGGAUCAUCCAGAAUUCGUGGGGAGAGCACUGGGGAGAAAAGGGCUAUUUCCGGCUGCACCGUGGCACCAACACUUGCGGCAUUGCCAUGUUUGCAACAACGGCGAUUGUCCGGGAUUCCGGGGGAAAGAAACCUGUGGCUUGCCGUCCUUGAUGGCGCAACUGCGUUCCUGUGAAAGGGGAAGCUCUACGGCAGGGGGAGACCGUGGGGUGCUGAACUUCAAUUCCCAUCACCUCUGACAACCAUGAGCCAUGAUGGCUGCAGCUGAUGGGAGCUGGAGUCCAACGUCAUCUGGAAGCGACCGCAUGGGCUGACUCCUGCAGUGCAUCACCUCUUUUUGGCUCGAAUCAGGCCUGCCAUUGCUGUUUCUCCCCUUGCACCGCUUCUUAUGCCACAAGCUGUCAUACCCCAGCCAUAUUUUUCUAAAGCAUUAUGUCAACAAACAGUUCAGACCCCCAGUUGUGCUGGUUGUGGUAUGCAUGCCAGCAAUGGGGCAGGGUUGAAGUGGUGGUGGACCUAUAUUUCUUCUAGGGGCCCUUCGCAACCAGCAACGAGGUCUAGAUAACCACUGUUUUCUUCUCCUUCUCCUUCUCCUUCUCCUUCUCCUUCUCCUUCUCCUUCUCCUCCUCCUCCUCCUCCUCCUCCUUCUUCUAAUUUUUUAUUAAAGGUAAAGGGAACCCUGACCAUUAGGUCCAGUCGUGACUGAUUCUGGGGUUGCGGCACUCAUCUUGCGUUAUUGGCCGAGGGAGCCGGCAUACAGCUUCCAGGUCAUGUGGCCAGCAUGACAAAGCCGCUUCUGGCGAACCAGAGCAGCACACGGAAACGCCAUUUAUCUUCUCGCUGUAGUGGUACCUAUUUAUCUACUUGCACUUUUUACGUCUGAUUUAUUUUUGUGGUGUAGGCUUAUAGCCAAAUAAAGAUUUAUCUACAGUAUCUAUCUUGCCAUUUGACGUGCUUUCGAACUGCUAAGUUGGCAGGAGCUGGGACUGAGCAAUGGGAACUCACCCCGUCGUGGGGAUUCGAACCGCCGACCUUCUGAUCGGCAAGCCCUAGGCUCUGUGGUUUAACCCACAGUGCCACCCGCCA